AUGAUAGUGAAGGACAAACUGAUAUGUGUGAAGUGCAAGUUCAGUUUCCACCCAGGGUGUUGGAAACAGUCACUGACUGGAAAAAAUCCCGAAUGUCUACAUGAAGGUGAGAUGACAGUAACUAGUGAAUGCGAAGAUGCUGCUUUCUUUGAUGCCCUUGAUGAAAUGACAAAUACCAACCCUAAUUUUGAUAUAGUUAUUUUCAAAUAUAUUCUUAAACAGAAAGAUCUACUUAUCCAAGAACUGAGAGAUAAAAUCACAAUGCUGAAUAAUCAAAUUGGCAAUAUGGUAGUAAACAAUAAUUAUUCACCUACUCCAAUAAUGAUUCCACAAAAACCAGAUACUGAAAAGGAUGCAAAAAAGCCUCCAUCGAAAAAAGAACUGAUAGCACAAGGUGCGACGACCUCUGAUAAACCUGUUGCAAAUAAAAACACGGGAAUUUCCAAAACAAUUACAAAGCAAGAUUUAUCAAGGGAGAUUCACAAAAUUGAGAGUGAACAAAAACUGGAUAAAUAUAUUAAUUUAGGAAAUAUUACCCAACAAAGAAAAGUAGACAAGAAUCCAAAUGAUAAAAUAAUUUCAAACAGCGACGAACCAGAAGAUUCGAAUUGGAAAACUGUGAAACCAAGACGGAAUAAUAGACGCUCAAUGAUAAUUGGAAAUAAUUAUAAGGACUCAUCUAUAAGAGGGGUGCCGAAAUAUGUUGAUCUGCAUGUAUGCAGAUUGGAUACCUCAACCACUUCUGAAGACCUGGAGAAUCUGUUGAAGAAGCAUUUCACUGUAUUCGUAAGUUUCUUAGUAUCUUUGACUAUUCCUAUACAAUGUAUGUUGUCAGUUAUGGAAAAUAAAUGA